CAACAGGAAAUUCAACAGGUGGUAAAUCACGAUCAAGUACAGAACUUUGUAAACAUCGGGUGGUGCAGAAAUAUGGCGAUGAGAACCGAGAGGGGCCAUGUAAUCACCUGAAAGUCUCUUCAUUGGAAUCGACGACACCACCUUCAGUAGAAAGAAGCCCGCCUUUGGAGCAAUUCAAGCCAAGAAACUACUUUUUGCAAGACAGAAACAUUAGCACCCAAGAUGUUUCAUCUUGUCAAAACAUACCAUCAAAAACUCCCAGUGAAAAUGUAGAAUGGGAUAAUGGUAGUUUAGGGGAAUGGCAUAAACAACAGGAUUGCCAUGGAAACCAAGGAUGUAAAAACGUGUGCCACCGCAGUCUAGUUUAUAAAUGGUCGGAAUGCUUCCCACCAACUCCCAAAAGAUGUAUCAAAACUGAGAAGCAGACGUCAAGCGGAGACUGUCACCAGAAAGAGGCUCGUCAGAGACUUGAUCAAGACUGCAAAUCAGAAGGAGCAGAAACAGAUCUAUCUGAAUUUUGGGAUAAUAAGUAUGAUUUUUUGCUCAAAGACAGCCCCCAGAAAGUGAAGGGAAUUUUUUUGGCAGAAUGCAAUAAUAAAUUUGAAGAUAAGUCAAAUGUUCUCCUUGCAACAGGCGAAAGCCAAAUAUCACUUCAAAGUUCUUGUGCGAGCAUUGGCAGAAAUAAGCAAGGGAGUUUGAAGGACAUUUUUUGCAGAGGAAAACAAUUUAUCAAGACUAAAGUUUCAAAUUACAAGAACAAACUGUUGAAUAAAGAACUGCUUUCAUCUGGAGUGGAGAGCAGGGCUGCAACUCAAGAGACACCUGAUACUGCUGUAGAGGAGAGAAAGUGUCUGAUGUCUUCUAAAGAAAAUCAAUGCAAUGAAAUUAUCUGUGAUAAACCUCAAGUCAAUGGCUUCACUUCCACUGCUGAAGAAAUUAGGGGACACUUGGAAGAGCAGGUGAAAGGUCGAGAGGUCAUGGGGUCAGGGGACAACCAAUCUGCUGAGAGGCGAUCUAGGGACUUGAUUCUGGAUGAGAAAGUUUGCUCAGUGGCCCAUAUUUCUCAGGAGGAAAAUGGACCAAAAUCGGGGGUUGAGGAGGAUGUCCUCAGAGAGGAGCAGGAGGAGGAGGAGGAGAUUCCUCUGGGAUCUGAGGCCUUAUCCCUGAAAGAAGCGAGAUCUACUCCUUGUAAGCAGCCUGUGGACAAACGACUAGGAUGGCUGCUGAGUGACUCGGCCAACACCAGUCUGGGCUCCGACUUCUCACACAACAGUGAUAUCAGUCUGGAUAUGCUGCUAAAUGAACGAACUAGAGAUCCAGAGGAAAUUCUAACUAACCUAGGCUUCGUGGGAUCUGAAGAGGCAGAGACUGAUGAUCUACAGCGAUUGCCGGGAAGAUUUCUACAGCAGCCGUCCAAAGCUGAAGGAAUUGAUGCCACCUCAUUAGACAUUAACCGCUUACUUAAUUUAUCCGAACAUGAGGAGAUGCUAGAACAAAUCAACACGUCCAAAAUGAAUGCCGACUUCGGGGGACAAGGGCAUCCCCAGCUCGGUAAUGUGCUUGCUUCUGUUAUGAAUGGCAUGAAAUUUUUGAAUGCAAUUAACCAAAGUCACAAUCCAUCCCGAAACUCCAGCUUUGAUUCAAGACAGAGUGAUGACAGUGUGCUGCAAAACCCCAGAAAUCGCGAAUUUCUGGAAAAUCAAGGAUUUUACAAACGCUACAGUCCAAAACCUCCCAAAUCUGAAAAGGUCCCUUCACCAAUAUCACAAAACAGAAUAUCUAGGUCACAAUCUCUUGAUGCAUCAGAGAGGCGGAAAAAGUUCCACCAGAUGCGAUCAAGAAAUUUCUCUACGCAAAUUGCGGAAUCGGACGAGAGCAGUUUAUCCCACGAAAAACCCCAUGGCAGGGAGAGUAGGGACAGUCGGGAUAGUUCAUUGUUUAGAAGUGUUACUAGUGCUGAAUAUUCAGACUCCUUCGAGAGCGUUGAGGGCAGGGAAGAUUCCAUGGAGAAGAGGAAUGAGAUGGGAAUUCUAGGUGUUCACAAUGAUGACUGGGAUAUGGCGAGACCAACCGUUUCUUUGGGGGACAUUUCUGGGAGCCUUAUUCCCCAAAAAUUGGAAGCUGAAAGACAAAUGUCCGUGAAGGAUGAAAUGAUAGAGGCUGAAGUGAAAAACACUGAAUCUGCACCCUCAGGGUUUAGAUCUGCAGCCUAUUCAUCGGGUUUACAGAAACUUCAGGCCAUGCGAAAGAGUUUGGUGCAGAAGUCCAUGGCAUCGAUUGACCUUGACGAUGAAUAUGAAGUGACCUCACCUCCUCUAUCGAAACAGUCUAGUCUGGAAAGCACCCUUACUGCCAGAGAAUUCCGAGCCAAAACAUCCUCAUCCUGUACACUUAAACAUGAGAGCCUGGAUACUGAGGAUCAGACAGAUUCUGUGUUUACUGUAGAAGAUACAGGGAAACCCCUAGAGGUCAAGUCUCAGGGUCACAAAGGUCAUGUGUCAUUUAGUGACAUGAAAGUACCAGAACUGAUGCUAAAUGCGGGUUCACUGCCUGUCACCGACAAGGACACACUAGGUGGUAUGGGACGUAUGGAGAGUAUUCAGUCAGACAGCAGUGGUUUUGCAGAAGGGGACACGACAACAGACCACCAGUACAGAGAUGCAGAGGAAAGGGUUUCCAGUUUAGGUAGUAGUGCUGAGAGUGACCAGACAUCAAGGAGUAACGUAACAGUCAUAGCCAACCACAAUCAACCAUCACAACAAAGGAAGCCCUCUCUGGGAAAAGACAAGGUCAAGUCCAAAGUGGAGAAAGUGGAUAUAGCUGUAGGAACAGAGGACAUCCACCAAUCAGUGGAUUCUGGCAUAGAGCCAUGCGCUCCAUCAAUUACAUAUCAUGUCCAUAAGGGGGAGGAGGGAGUGUCGUCUGCUGAGCAGGGGGGAGAGGAGAGGUCAGUUGUGUUGACCAUUGAGCUACCCAAAGACUGGCUGAACAACCAGGGAGGCUCUACGUCAAGUGUUGUGUCACAUCUAUACAAGAACAUUGGAAUCUCUAGUCAUGAAGUGUCGUCUGCUAGCAAGUCUGCCUCCCAUGUGGACAUCCAGUCAGCAAGCUCUGUUAAAUCACUGACUCAUCCAGAGAAAACUAGGACUGAUCCCAGGAGGACUGAUCCCAUUCAAUCCCACCUUAAUCCCAAGUGGGCGUCCACUCCCAGUAUAGUGUCUACCCAUAAACAGACAAACAAGUUAAGUGAUUCUUCCAGGUAUUCCAAAAAGAGGCUAUUCAACAGGGCCCCUCUCAGGGAGAAUGGCUUCAAUGGAAGUUUUGGAGAACCCUCUAUGGAUAAAACUGAUAGUGAAAUGAGCAGUUCGUUUGAUAAGGAAAGCGAGUGUUCAUUUGUGUCUAACACGGACAGUUAUUCCAGUUUGAGGGAUGAAAAUGUGGAAUAUGUUAAACUUGUGAGGCUCAUGAACAAACCUUUAUCGUCGAAGACUACAGGAUACACCCCCAGCAAAUACAGACCUAACCUGAAAGCCUUACCUCAUAUGGACAAGCAUCAGUAUUUAGAGGAGGAGUCCCGAUUAUUACAGCAUGCUCUACAAAAGUACAAACGAGAACUUCAGGCCAUGGAGACAACGUUUCAAGUCAAUAAUCAGUUGGCUGGUAAAGAAUUAACAGAGGAGGAGAGAGAGGAGAUUGAGGAGUUACAGUCCAUAUGGAAAGAAGUCCGUCGUGAGAUCACAGAGACAGAACAGCUGAUAGCCAAUCGACUGGGCGGGUUAGUGAUGGGUAACGACAAUUAUAACCCACUACUGGCGCUGGACGUCAUACACAAGAUGAUAGAACUUAUCAAGGAACAGCUGUUUCAGCAUCAGAUGAGUCAGAACAAAGAAGGAGAGCUGGCUGCCAUGGAAACGACCCCCGGUAACUGGGCAUCGGAGGGGUCAAUGUCAGGAGGCCCCUCUCUUUAUGGCGACGAGUCUAUACAGGAAAGCCUCUCAGAUCUGAAAGAAUCCAUCUUACAGGAAGUACGGCAAGAAUUACAAGACAGUACCCUUUGGCUCCAACGAGAAAUCCGGAACAAAGAGAGAGAACUGAACAAACUGAGAAUGGAGGUCAUGUCACAAAGUAUAAAGAAAGGAAGGACCAGACAAAAACAUUAUUAUGAAACAGAUGUCUGAUAAAGUGAAAGUAGAGAUAGUCACUGUGAAACUGACGUGACAAUUCUUAUAGGAAAAGUGAAAGUACAGAUAGGCAUUUUUAAAAUGGCAUGUGUGAUAAUUACACAGGAAAAAUUGAAACUAGUAGCAGGCACAAAACAAGUGAUUAUGCAGCGGUUGUAACAUUUUGUGACUGUUUUCAAGUAAUGAGAAUUUGUGUAAUAAG